AUGAUAAAAUUUACAGGAACACCGGCUAUUGUUAUUUUUAGUAUGUGGACAGAUAAAUCGAAACUGUACCUUCAAAAUUUAAAAUAUGCAGCAGAAAAUGAAUCAAUUUAUUCUCAACAAAGUUCUACUUCUAGAGGUUUGCCACAACAAAGACAUUUAAAAAAUAAACAAUAUCCUUAUAUUGACAGCCAUCUAGAUUCCCAGUACAUUGCAACAAGUCAUGAUGGUGAAUUCAUUGCAAGCUUUAAUUCUGGAAAUAUCACAGAAGCUUUUCCAAUCAACAAUAAUAUUCAAAUAGAAACAAAUGCAUCAGCUUUGCAAACAGGUUUAUGGUGGUCUCUAACAGUCUCAAAUUCCAUAAAACUUGAUGAUAAUAAAGUUGAUAUAUUAAUUGCUCUUUCAU